CCGGCAUCACACAGCCUGUAACGUGUGUUUGAGGGAGACGUCCCGUCAGCAGUCAGUAUUCUGAACCAGGGAAACAGAUGAAGGAUGUUUGCUUCUGCUCGGCCAAUCACGCUUCUGCUGCUCCACCUGUUCGGCUCAGCUGCAUCAUAUUCCAUUCACAAACCUGUUCCACCUCUUCCGUGGCAAGUCUCCGCUCCCUCACCCGUCCCAUCAGAUCUCCCGUCUUUCCCCUCAUCUGUCAUCCCCCCUCCCGUCAUCAGCAACACUGGAGAGUCAACCAAAACCGCCCACUGCCCCCUGACCACGUCGCCCUCCAUUGUGGUCGUCAGGUUUGGGGAUCCAUUCACAGUCAACUGCUCCGUAGGAAAGAUGAAUUUCUCUGCCCUGGGUUGGGCGGUCCAUCUGGAGGCUCCUGCGGCUCCUGCGGCUCCUGAGUUCACUACGAAUCAAUCUCUGGUGUGGAGUGUGGAAAGGAUGACCCAGUGGAGCAUCGAACCCAAAUGCUACGCUCUGUGUGAUCAGGGAGGACCGUGCGACAUCGACGUCCCUGUUAUCGUCUACAAGCCUCCAGACCUCGUCUUCCUCAGCGUCGUCGAUCACUCUGGGCCGAUGUUCGAGGGUCGUGAGUACACUCUGCAGUGUGUCGUGCAGGACGUGGCUCCUGUGGGACACCUCACCGUGACCUUCUAUAGGGGACAAUCAGCUUUGGGUCAACUGCAGUCCAACAACACGGAGAAGUCCCCAGUGACUGAGGUCUUCACUCUGGACAUUAUCCUCAGUAAAGAAGACGAUGGAGUUCAGUACUGGUGUGAAGCCGAGCUGGAACUGGGACCAGACGGACCACAGCCCCCUCCAGUGGUGACGUCACAAAAACUCAAUGCCACGGUCCUCUUUGGUCCACACCUCGCCUGUCCAACGAAGCUGCAGGUGAGAGAGGGAGAGAGUCUGGCCUGUGAGGUGAGAGGGAACCCUCAGCCGUUGGUCACCUGGUACAGAGACGGACAGAAGGUCGCCUUGCCCGCUCACUCGGACAGAAAGCAUGCUGGGAAAUACACGGCCUGGACGAAAGGACAUCUUGGACAGAAAAACUUUACAGUGGAGGUGGAGGUCCUCUUUGGCAGAGGAACUGCAAACAGCUUUAAUGGAUAUUUCCUUUUGGCCAUAAUCUUAAUCCAGAUGAUUAAGUGGCUGUAAAACCUCCUGAAACAGAACCCAGCAUCAUCUGUGAUCCCCCCCCCCCCCCCCCCACAUCAUUUGGAUGAACGGCCCCCGAUAUGAGAAAUAUUCUAAGAGCUGGAGUCAGCGAGGAGAUUCAGUGUUUCUCUUUUGUCCCAAUGGAUCUUUUUUGAAUUCUUGUCUUUUUGUGCUUCUUUAUGUUCAAGGUACAUUUUCAUCUGUUAUUACACUGAAGCCUCCACAUCAUCCACAACAGCUACAUUUCAACUUGUCACGUGCAACUUCAUCACAAAUCAUUCACACACACACAAUUCUGUUCUCUCAUUUUUAAAACUGUCCACAGGUCUUACUUCACUGCUGUGCAUUAAAAUGAACAAUCAAAUGCACGGCAGCAGUAAGGCUGCAACUUAAUCUACCAUGACCUUUUCCCAUAGUUCCACAUGUGUGAGAAUCUUGUAUAAAAGUGUAAAAAGUAUGCAACUGAAACUUUGUGCUGUCGGAUGGAGCUCACACCAAAACACAACCUUCCUUUACCGAGAUACUCUUCAGGAAUAGGGAAUCAAAUUUGAACAAUACUCACGUGAGAUUUAGAAAACAUUC